AACUCGCCACUUGCUGGUUUACAGUUUCAGCUGUGUAUUCGACCACAAAAAUCGUUGUCGCCUUGUGUCACAUCCACUCUUCCAAUCCACGCUCUGUUUCAAGCGCUGUGGGCAGCCGAUGCUUCACUGGUCCAAGCACUCAGGCUGGCUAUGCUGUCACAGAGGCCGUGCACGGCGGCCUGGCGCAGCACUGCGUAGCUCCCAGGAGGGGCCCGCGUCCAGUACCACUGCAACCACUACAGAGCCCGCCGCGGCGGCACCAGCCGCCCCAUCCAAGGACGCCAUCCUUGCCCGCAUUGCUCGGGCAAAGAAGUAUAAGGACAGUGGAUCCGGUGAAGGGGAUGUUGCGGCAAGCCAGCCAGGUGCCUCUCCGCGCGCGGCGCCAUUGCCUCAAGUUGGCCCUGUCAAGGUUGACUGGGGCGCCAUGGCUGCAUUCUUGGAUGCUCCUGUGGCUGCUGAACGCGGCGGUGGGGUCCCAAGCGGGCCGGUAUCAUAUGGCGGCACGGCUCCCCAAGAGGACGAAGCUUCAGAGGCCGCGGCGCGUGCGGAGAGGGAGGCCCGCUUCAUGGCGGACACCGACAGCAAAGACUACAUGCAAAUGCUCUUGAAUAGCCCCAUGAGGUCGGGUGCGGGGUCUGCUACUCGCGCGGCGGACUCACUGGCAGGAGUGCUUGCAGAACGGCCACAGGGUGCUUCCAGUGACGGGGCCGAGGAUGGUGAGGGCGGCGCCAUAAGCUCCGAGCUGCGCAUGGAGGAGUUCACGGCAGCCAAGGAGGCACGACUUCGGGCUCUGGGCGGCGAGAUCAUCACUCGCGACCUCACCUAUAACCCGGGGCCCAACGUGGCGGUCCGCGUUAGCAUGCCUGGGGCGGGCAUGAUGGCCGGCCCAGAGGCCCAGGCGGAGGCGGAGGCGAAGGCCGAGGAGGCACGGCGUAUCGCGGAGGCGGAGGCAGCUGUGACACGGGCUGAAGAGGAAGCGCGCGCGCGGGCCGAGGCAGAGGCUGCGGCCGCGACAGCUGCGGCGGCGGCGGCCGCAGGAGUCCUCGUGGAAGACUCGGCCUCUGGAGGCGAGGAGGACGUAUACAAGCCCAAGGUGUCGACGUGGGGAAUGUUUCCCCGCCCGAAGGACAUUAGUGAGGCCUACGGCGGUGGCCGCAACCUCAAGCCUGGCCAGGAGCUGGAAACGCCCAAGCAGAAGGCAGAGCGGGAGCGCAGUUAUGCGGCCGCCCUGGCCGCCUACAAGUUCAAGGCGGGUCUGGAGGUGGACCCGGAGGACGAGGAGAAGGCAGCCAAGGUUUACGAAGAGGGUAUGGAGUUCUUUGCGGACGGCAAGCUCAAGGCCGCGUACGACAAGUUCGAGAAGGCCAUUGCGCUGGUGCCCGUCAAGACCAAGUACGGCGGCCUGGCCACUCUCCAGAAGGCCAUUGUGCUAGACAGUGUGGGCAACCACGAGGCGGCGCAGAAGCUGUACAAGUCCAUCGCCACCCAUGGAGUAGCCCAGGUGUCCAAGAAGGCCAAGCAGAUGCUUUUCUCAUUCGAAGCAAUGGACUUCAUGAAGGCGGACAAGUUCUCAUACGCGGUCAAGAAGGAGGAGUACGACAAGUACUUCAGGGGCGCUGCCGACCGCCGCAAGGUUUAUGUGGCGAGUGAGGAGGAGCGGCAGCAGGACGAGGCCAAUGCACGGACAGCCACACUGGUGGCCCUGGCUGUUAUCCUUGGGCCGGUGUUUGCAGUGGGCGCGCUGGCGCUGCAGCGUUAACCCACUAUCGGUAUCAGGACGUCAGCGCAUAUGGGGUUGAUGGCGUGGGUGCAGGGCAGCGGCGGCGGCGGCGGCAGCCGCGGGGGCGCGUGCGCGCAUCUUGGUAGCGGAGGGGGCGGGAAAGGCCACGUGGAGGAGGAGAGCGCAGCGCCGCCCAAGAAGCGGCGCAAGUGCGCAGGCUGAGGAGCCGGCUGGUGUCUAGGUAGCGGUCCGCGGUGGGGCUGGCAGGGCAUGCGUAGCGGCAUGACGAGUAGUGCGGCUGUUAAAAACUGUGCUGCGUCUGGCUGCGGUUGGCUCUGCUGUGGCAUCGCGAUUGCUAGGCACCUGGUUUUGCUAUUUGCCUGUGGAAACCGACCCUGGCUAUGUCCGGGCGAUGAGGUUGUUCGGCCUCAGACUGUGGAGGGGCUCAGCCCCUUUUCCCGGGGAACACUUGUCCCAGCCUAGGUCAUCGCCAGUAGGCGGCUGGCGGGUGCGCGAGAGGCGACGCAGGGGAGGAGAUGUGCAUGGAGCCGGUUGAGUAAGCGGCGCAAGCACUUCGGUCGAGGCCAGCAGGUGUGUGGUUUCGAUGGAACAGGGCAGGUUGGCGUAGCCCCAUAGUGUCGCUUCUUUCUGCCCGCUCUGCCUUCCACCGGCAGUGUGUUAAUGACGAGUGUGGUGGGAACGAAUGCGUAGCCUAGGGUUUCGUGUCGCGUGUGUGGUUCUGUGUGGACAUGAGCAGCUAACAACGUACGAGCUCCCCCCCCCCAGAUCGCUGCGCGCGAUAAAUAACUUAAACAUGGAAACACGUCGCAUGUGUAUGGUUGUCCGAGUGCGAGAAUGGUAGUGAGGACGUUAAUGGCCGAGAUGGUCUGCGUAGGGAGAGUGCUUGAGGAGUGCUUCAGAAUAGCACACGAGGGAAGGCGGGCAAGCAAGCAUGUCAGGCAGCAUCGCUGCAGCGGCAGUGUGGUAAGUGGAUCUGGCCUGGAGUUUCGACAUUAAGCUAUUGAGAAUGCUUUUAAGACGAACCAUGCGAAGCCAAGAAUGCCAGCGAGCACGGUCACGUUGGAGAGGCCUGGAGGCUGGCUCAGCAGAACAGAAAGCGUGAGCACAAGCUAGUCUGUUGGAUUCAAAGCGCAAGUCCGCGCGGAGUAGGAGAGCGCAGAGCCGCCAGAAGCGGCGCCGGCUCGUGGGCUGAGAAGCCAGCCGGGGGCCUGUGCUGUGUGUUUGGCAGGGUUUGUCUGCUGGAACAGCGGCGCGAGUCGAUGACGCCUGGUUGGCUGUGCCUGCAUCAACCGCCCCCAUGGGAAAGCACGCGCUGGCGAGUAAUGACAUCGUUUU